UCCGUGUAUAUGUACCAAAGAGGAAGGCAGAGACACUAAGAAGGGCUGUAUUUUAUAUACAUGGUGGUGGCUUCUGUUCUGGAAGUGCUGUGUGUAACUAUCUCAUCAAGUAAUCAGAUUAAUCCUUCCACCUCUGAGGGACUCAGGAUUUGUCUUCCCGAGAAUGAAGUUGGCUUUACAUAAUUAUGAUCUCCUCUCAAGGUGGACAGCAGAGAAACUUGAUGCUGUUGUUGUAUCAUGCAAAAGUUCUCCUAUGGGAACAUCCCUGAGUUGGAAAUUUGACUGAAUAAAUUAUCCCUGGUCUUCUGAAUUAUUAAUCUUGGCUGCAUGAUAUGCAAAUCAGACUGCAUUAACCAUAUCCAGCAGCACAGCACUGGGUUAGAAGCUGUAUCCAGUUGCUGGCAGAGGUUCUGUCAAGGGAGAAGACUUCGAACAUAAUGGUGAUGGCUCAAUUCAGUUUAACUCAGCAGAAUUUGUUGAACAACUACAAUAUGCACGGGACUAUGGCAUGGAAUUCAACUUGUAGAAACUGGCUGACAGCACAGGUUGCUUUGCAAAAGUACUAUCUUUCAAUUUUCUAUGGGAUUGAGUUCGUUGUAGGAAUUCUUGGAAAUACGGUUGUUGUUUUUGGCUACCUCUUCUGUCUGAAGAACUGGAAUAGCAGCAACAUCUAUCUCUUUAACCUCUCCAUCUCUGAUUUAGCUUUUUUGUGCACCCUUCCCAUGCUGAUGAGAAGCUAUGCCAACCAAACCUGGAUAUAUGGAGAUGUGUUCUGCAUCAUCAACCGGUACGUGCUUCAUGCCAACCUCUACACCAGCAUCCUUUUCCUCACCUUUAUCAGCAUCGAUCGAUACAUGCUCAUGAAGCAUCCUUUCCGAGAACACCUUCUGCAAAAGAAAGAGUUUGCUGUUUUAACCUCUUUGGCUAUUUGGGUUUUAGUAACCUUAGAGCUACUACCUAUACUUCCUCUUAUAAAUCCCACUACAACUGAACAAGGCACCAACUGUCUUGAUUAUGCAAGUUCUGGAGACCCUCGAUACAACCUCAUUUACAGCAUGUGCCUAACCUUGUUGGGAUUCCUUAUUCCUCUUUCCGUGAUGUGCUUCUUCUAUUACAAGAUUGCUGUCUUCCUAAAGCAGAGAAGCAGGCAGCUCUCUACCACCUUGCCCCUUGAAAAGCCUCUCCACUUAGUUAUCAUGGCAGUGGUGAUUUUCUCCGUGCUCUUUACGCCCUAUCACAUUAUGCGGAAUGUGAGGAUUGCUACGCGCCUGGACAGCUGGAAGCAGAACCAAUGCACACAAGAAAUCAUCAAAUCCUUAUACACUGUGACUCGGCCAUUGGCCUUUCUGAACAGUGCUAUCAACCCUGUCUUCUACUUUCUGAUGGGUGAUCACUUUAGGGAAAUGCUGAUGAGUAAACUGAGACACCACUUUAAAUCCCUUACAACCUUCAGAAAAUGAACUUAUACUUUAUGAACUCAUACUUUCAUUUAGUGAAAAGUGAGCUGUUUGUGAAGCAGACUGUUUUAUGCAUGCAACAUUAAGCCAGUUAGAGUUGGUUUUAACCCAUAGACAUAAAUCAGAGAGGAAUAUAAAUAUAAUAUGACUCUGGUUUAACAAUUUGCACACAAGGUGUGGGAAAAGGGGAAGAGAAUGUAUUGAUUUGUCCACCUAAGAAUGGAAAGGUGUUGGACUAACACCAUCUAAUGUUUGGGUGAAUAAGUCAAAAUUCAGUUUUAUUAAGACCUUCUCAAUUAGUGCAAGAGAAUAAAAGAUAGAGCAGCAAACUGUGUGCAUUUUAUCUUUGGUCAGAUAGAAAAACUAUUUUGCCCUCAUCCUUAUAUUAUUCACUCAGCCCUAAAACUUAAUGUGAGAACUGAAUAGCAGAAAACUAGAUAUAUUUUAUUUAAUUUUCUUUCAGAUGGUGUGUACCUGAAAAAAUUUAAGUAACAACUAUGAGUAAGAAAGUGAUAUAGUGAGUUCAAGGAUGCCUAUAUAUUUCUUUAUUUUGAUCAUGAAUUAAGAUCGGCUUGCAAUUGUUCAGUCCUUUUUUUGUUGUAUAUGAUUUAUUGGAAAGAAUCUUAAUUUAGGUUAAUAGAACACAAGGAGAUACAUCAACAAAGGGAGGUGAAACAUUUCCAUUUCAGCUGUAGGAAAUUUAAGUGAUUUAAGAAAAAUUGUUAAAUUUCUUAAACAAUUUCUUAAAUAAUUUUAUAAAAUUCUAUAGUAUUUUAUCAAAUACUAAAGGCAUGGCAAAGAUAGUUGCAAAAAUUUCAGUUACAGAAGACAAAAUGCUGAUCAGGAAAUCCAAAACAAAACAAAACACAACCAAAAUAGAGUACAUUAUUUUAAUUAUUGUGAUGGCUAAGCUUCUCAACUUAAUUGGCUUGGGAGCUGCCCGGGGAAUUAGCGAACCAUACUUCUAGGUAUGUCUGGAUGAGUCAAGAAGACAUGACAUUUGGUACUGUAUCUGAUCUCUCACCCUUUCCUCUGUAACUCUGUUUCCCUGCUUCACUUCCGGCUCCAUGAUUUAAGCAGUUUUGCUUCACCAUGUCAAUCUGCCAUGUUUCCGCCCUGCAGUCAGCUGACCAUGGACUGAAACCACGAGGCACACUAAACUUCUCUUUCCUAAGUUUGGGUAUCAAGUACUGUGUCUCAGCAACAAAAAAAUCUGUCUGAACAACAACAAAAAAAUCUAAUGCAAUGAUGAUUGUUCUAUCUAGAAUUUUAUUAUAACGGCUUGAGCACCAGUUUAUCAACAUAUAUUACAAUUCAUUAUCCCUUCUGCUCUUGAUUAAAUAGUGAACUUUAAAAUAUAUUAAUAUUAUAAAACCAGUAAAUAAAAGGAAAUUAAAUGAUGAUACCAGAUUUAUUGAGUUAGUUUUCCCUUUAUAGAGGGAAAGUUACAGGUUUUCUCUCCCCCCUGUUUUAAAUGAGGAAAAGAAAAAGAACUGGGAUAAUAUACAAUGGCAAAUUGAUCUCGAAGAAAGUGACUCACUUUUGGAGAAGCUUUUCUCGUAGAACAUUGCAUAAUGUUUUCUAAGAAAUGAAAGAACAUAAGGAAUAUUUAUAUGCAUAUUAAUAUAAAUAAUCUUAGAAGAGUUAAGCAUGAUUCCUUGCCACAAAAGGGGGGUGGCAUAUGUGUUGCAUUAACUUUUUAAAGUCAACGUAACAAUUCACUGAUAUGCAACGUAAUGUGACUGUGGCUACAUGUGUUACUUCCUUUCCCUAAUAUCACUAGCUAUAAGGAAUAACAGGAAAGAUAAAAUAAGCAUGAUAAAUACAGAGACAUAAAAAUCCAUUGUCCUUCAUGGUUCUGAAGUACUUUGAUGGUAUUACAUUCCAAUAUUCCCAAAUCCCAGAAUAUUCUCAGGGGACACAUCUAGACUCAAAGCAACUGAAAUAUAAAAACACUUUAUUCACAAAUAAUUUAAUGUCUUCGUCUUUGAUCCCUCAGAUUAAAGUAGGAGCUCAUGCAUGUUAGUCAAGCAGUCUACCACUGAGAUACACCCUAAGCCCCUAAAACUUUAUUUUCUUAUGUAGCACCAGGGUUUGCAAUAUUUUUGUUAUGGUUUGCUUUAUUAUUGAUAUUUCUAAAUUUUAAAUGUCAUUUUAUAGCUAUCUAAUAAUAUCCUGACAAUGGAGCUCCUGAAUUUCUUCAACAAAAAUGACCACAGAAAGAACUUUAGGGAAGAGGUAUUUACUUCUGCAAAACUAGAAACAUAUAAUUUAACUUUAAUUUGCAUAUUAUAUAUGAGUUUGAAUUUGUGAAGAUAAAAUUAAAUUUACUCCCCUACAAACUCUGCAAGGAGUGGCAGGGUGAAUUCUUUCUGAUAGCACAUUGAAAUAAUUUGUCAAAUCAUAAGUUUUUACAUAUACUUUGUAAUCAAAAUGUUGAGAAAUUGCAUAACACAUUUUAAAAUUGUUAUUCUUUACUCAAGUCUAUCGUAUGGUAACUUAAUUCUUGACACAUUAAAUUUGUCUGCACUAAAAUUAUAAAGGCUGUUCUAUUUGCUUUUUAACUAGGCAGUUGUAGGAAUUUUAAAGAAUAGAGAAAUCCUUUUUGGAUCUAUAGUUUGCAAAAGGAAAUCACAUUGGGAUUUGGUAUAUUUUAUUUUAAUUGACUUCCUGAAGUCUUCAGAAUGAUGUGUGAAACACUUGGACCAACAUUCUGCAAUCGGAACUAACCCUGUCUUCUUUUGUUAUCUCCUACCACUGUUACCACAGUCCACCCAGAUAAGGAUCACUACUUCAUUUCAUUAUAUUUGGAAUUUUCCUCAUUAAGCAUGCUUUGAAGCUCUCCUUUGUCCCAUCAUGCUUGCACAUAAAGAAAUCUAAGUAUCUUUUAAGGUCCAUCUCAGCUAUCCUUUAUACCCUCUUUCCCUUUCCAUUACAUCUUCUUUUCCCCUACUCUGGAAGUUAAAACUUCUACCUUUGAGUCUUCAGACUAUAAUUUAAGGAAUAUUUUUAUGAAAUGUAUUAUUGUGACUACUUUAGAUUUAAGUCAAGACCAGAGUCUGUGAGGUGAAAGUUGUACCUGGUUUGUGUUUCCCACUGUCUUCAUAACUCCCACCUAGAUACUUUUAAAAUUAUUAUUAGGAAGGAAUCCUUUGUGAAACAAACUUGAAUGCAAUGCUGCUUUGGGUAUGUAUAAUCAAGGUAUAUUUCUGUCAUCACUACUAAAUAAGUAACAGUAUUUUAUGUGAAGAAUUGAGUGAAUGCACACAAACACAUACAUACCUGUCAUUAGCCUGACCCUUGUAUUUUUUGAGAAUAACUUUAAUGUGUGCUUGUAAACCAUGUCUGCUAGAUGCAAAUCUGGGUCAUUUUGGGAUUUGAUUUCAUUGAUUGCCUUUUUUCUCUUUAUUACAAACAAAAUUUCCUGUUCCUCCAUAUAAAUUUUGCUUUUAUUCUAGACUGUAAAUAAUAUGUUGUAAAGAGUCUGAAUAUUUUGUAUCUCACUAAGGAAUAUCAAUAUUUUGUUUCACAAAUAAACUUC